CAUAGUUACUGACGUCAGUCCCAUUCAAAAAAAAGUUUGUUGUGGUAAAAGGAAAAGAGUAAACUGAGCUGUUAGAUUAUUAAUCUAUGCGCAUUUUUAUUCAUUUCCUGGCGUUGUUGGUAGUACGGACUUUAUGCGGAAAGCUGUUGUCAAAUAAAAAGCGAAAAGCAUGGCUGUAAAACGCUAUAGCUUGCAGAGUUAGCCACCGGCGGAACAUCAUAAUAUUGCUACUUUUGCUGCUGGUAAUAGCAGCUUGCUACAAGGUUGAUAUCUUUGAUAAGCCAGUCUGAAAAUGUGCUCCAGCGACGAAGGCUGUCGUAUCCUAGUUUUGGAAGAGCAGGUGAAGAGUUUAUCAGAUGAGUUGUUACAAUGCCAGGCAGACAAGGAGUUUGUGUGGUCUCUGUGGAAACGCCUGCAAGUGGCAAAUCCAGACUUGACCCAGGCUGUCAGUUUGGUGGUGGAGCGUGAGAAGCACAAAGCUGAAAAUAAGGACCGGAAAGUGUUGGAAAUCCUUCAGUCUAAAGACAACAAGAUACAGGAGCUAGACCAGAAAGUGACAGUGCAGCAGCAGGAGAUUAACAGUUUGCUACAGAGGAGGACAGCAGUGGACGAGGAGAGGGCUCUAAUGAAGGAGUUGACAUCUCUGCGUGAACAACUGGACUAUAAAACUCAGGAACUCCAGGAAAUGAAGACUGAGUAUAGAAGAAAAGAAGAGGAGGAGCGGCAGGUGGUACAGGCUCUAGAGGAGGAGAAAAAGGGAUUAACGUCCCGCUGUGCUGCCCUGAGAGCUGACCUGGAGGAAAAACAGAGACAGGUCGACAGUCAGCGAGACGAGAGAGAUGCCGCCCAGGCCAGAUUAAAGGAUCUUGAAGAGAAACUGCACAGUGCUUGGCAGGAGCUGUCCAAAUUUCAGGAACGCAGUGGCAGUCUAGCUGCACAACUUUCCACUAAAGAGAAGGAGGUAGCAACAAAAGAGCAACAACUUGAUGGGCUUUGUCGUGAUUUUGCAGAAGUUCAGACUCUGUACAGACAGAGCACAGAACAUGCAGCAGAACAGAGCCACCUGAUCAAACAGCUGGAGGGACUCAACCUAGACACUCAAAAAGUCCUGAGAAAUCAAGAACAGGUGCAUACAGCUGACACCACCUCGUAUCAGCAGCUAUACAAGGAGCUGAGUCAGUGCUACCAAACUCUCAUGUCUAGCGAGGCCAAACUCCGCCAGAGUCACCAGGAGCUCAGUAGCCAGUUGGCUCAGAAAGUCCAACACAUCUUUGAACUCCAAGCUCAGCUACAGAAACAGCAGGAACAAAUGCACCAGCAGCAUCAGGCUCAGCGCACAGCUGUUUACCGCUCACCAAACAAGCAAACCAACUUUAAG